UUUCAUUGAUUAAUCACAACCGAAUAAUUUUCGUUCACACUAGUUGACUUUUUGAGCCUACCUCGUAUAACAGUGGAUAAUCCCCUCCCGCAAAGGUCAACAAACAAUACAAACGGGCGCGUUUUGAAAGUAAAUUCGUUUAAUACAGUGGGUCGCCCGAUUAGGUUAGGUUUUUAUAAAAAUUUCAAUACUAUUGAUCAACAACAGUUAAAAUGUUGUUCUCGGUAAUCGGUUUUGGAGUUUUCGUGUAUGGAUUUAUAUAUUUUAUCUUGACGUGCGUUUGUGACUGUGAUGUGGAAUUAAAGUUUUACGAAUUGUUUGGAAAGUCACCCAGACGUCUGAAAGGCAAAGUUGUGUUUGUUACUGGUGCUUCCAGUGGCAUUGGAGAACAUUUGUCUUAUUCCUUGGCCAAACAUGGGGUCAAACUAGUUUUAGCUGCUAGAAGAAACGACGAAUUGCAAAGGGUGAAACGAAAAUGUUUAGAUCUGUCCCGUGGCCAACUGAAUGAUACGGAUGUGCUCGUCCUCGUAAUGGACGUGACGGACCUGCAGUCCCACAAAAAGCAUUUCGACCACGCAGUAAGACACUUCGGAAAAAUAGACGUGCUCGUCAACAACGCAGGAAGAUCCCAGAGGGCCCUUUGGGAAAACAUCGAAAUGUCGGUGGACAAACAGAUGUUUGAAUUAAACGUCUUCGGAGUCGUGAACCUUUCCAGACUGGCAAUGGACCACUUCAUCAAACAAAAAUCCGGACACAUUGCGGUUGUUUCCAGUUUGGCCGGGGUUAUUGGAGUACCCUAUUCGGGGACGUACACCGGAUCGAAACAUGCCAUACAUGGAUAUUUUAACUCGUUAAGGAACGAAAAAUCGGGCCAGGGCAUUUCGGUCACGCUCUUGUGUCCUGGGCCAACUUUUACAAACUUUUUGCAGGAGAGUUUCACCGAAAAAAGUGGAGAGAAAUAUAAUCAAACUACCCAACCCACCGAUCGUAGGAUGACCGCAGAGAGGUGUGGUGACUUGUGUGCCAUAUCCAUUGCGAAUAAACUUCGGGAAUCCUGGAUGGGACUCUUCCCUUUGAUGCCAUUUACGUACACAGCAGUUUAUUUUCCUAAUAUUUUCAAUUUCGCCUUAAAAACUGUGGGGCCACAAACGUUGUUCAAAUUAAGGGACAGCAAGAAACUAGAACUGAAUGAGGGAAAAAUACACUAAGUCGGCUUUGGUGAUGGUACUGAUUCUUACUAAUAGUUAGAUUCCUUCUUUUUUCUUGGGUAAUGGUGGUGUAAUUAGAUUAUAUUUUACUAUGCAGAUCUGUCUCUUCUUGUAUUGUAAUUGAUUAUAAAUAUGAGACUAAUCUUUCUUUUAAUUUUUUAGACUAUAAAAGACAUAAAUGGACAAACAGACAGACACACCUUAAACUAUCUGACUUCUUAAAGACAGAAAUACAAGACUAUAAGAGCAGUAGUUUUAAGUUAAUAUUUUUAAUUAACUCAGUAGAAUACUAAUAAGUUUCUUUAUUCAGCAUAUUAUUACCUGUAUUUACAAUAAACGUUAUUGUUAAUUAA